AUGUCGAAACAACACUCGGACUCUUCCAUGAACAUAUUUCCUGCUCGCACGCACCAAAGUACACCCAUUGAAAAGAUUACGAACCUUCUCAGCAAGUACAGAACAAGCGUUCCGAGUCAUAUUCAACGAUGUGUCUUGUUGAGUACGGGAUCCUAUAAUCCAUGCCAUCGGAUGCAUAUUGAAACCUUUCAUAUCAUCAAGAAGGCUCUCGAGAGUUCCCAUAACAUGUUGGUAGUGGGAGCUUUUAUAUCGCCAUCGCAUGGACAAUAUGUUUCAUCAAAAUUGGGAGAGGAUUAUAUUGAAACAGAGGCUCGUUUGGAAAUUUGUAAAUUAUCGAUUGAAGCAGAAACGAGAAAGUUGAAAGAAAUACACGGAGAGGAUUCGGUGGAUGACUUUUUAUGUGUGGAUCGAUGGGAAUCUGCUGUGUGUCGUGAAUUUAUUGAUUUUCCUGAUAUUACAUACACGUUGAGGGAAUAUUUGGAACAACAAUUUCCAAACGAGAAUAUUCAAGUUAUUUACAUUUGUGGGAGUGAUCAUCUUGAAAAGUGUCCAUACGUGCUGUCAUUUCCAACACUUUUGAAAUGUGGAGCUGCAAUUUUGAAUCGACCCUCGCAUUCCAAAUCGGCCGCUUCCAAACAAUCAUCCUACAAGAAAACAGAACACAUUUAUUGGAUUGAUACCACCAUGGAGGAUGAAUGCAGCUCAACCUUGGUAAGAAAGAAGGCAAAAGCAGGCGAGACCAUUUCACAAUGGGUUUAUCCUGAAGUUGAAUCUUACAUGAGAACUCACCAUAUUUAUUUUCCUUAG